UCUUCAUUCCAGCAUCUAGUUCAUUGGAGGCUGGUACCUCUGGUAUUAUCGCUUGGAUAGCUGUUGCGCUCGGCUGAUCGCUCUUUGAAAUUGUUGGUUCAAUUAUCUUUGUCUUGCAGUCAAAAAGACAAAACAAACAAAAAGAAGGUUUGCGCGACUGGGUAUCAUUUCGUGUUUACUGUCAAUUCAUACAACAAAAUCACCACACACGCUAUCAUAACGAACGAAUCGCGCGCAAAGAUGUAUCCACAACACGGUGCCGCAAUGGCGCCCCCGCAAAAACCGGAGACUUUCAUGCUCUCAAGUGAGGCCCAGCAGAGCCUGCCGCAAGACGCUCAAGUAGCACUACAACAGGUCGACAACCUCAAAUAUUUUUUAAUCUCUGCUCCAGUCGACUGGUCUCCCGACCAGCUGAUCAGACGGUUCCUGCUCCCCACAGGCGAUUAUGUCUCAUGUGUGCUCUGGAGCAACCUCUUUCAUAUUUCCGGAACGGAUAUUGUCCGAUGUCUGUCUUUCCGAUUCCAGGCUUUCGGUCGCCCAGUGAAGAAUUCCAAGAAGUUCGAAGAGGGUAUUUUCUCCGAUCUUCGAAAUCUCAAGUCGGGAACCGACGCGUCGCUGGAGGAGCCCAAGAGCCCCUUUCUUGAUUUCUUGUAUAAAAACAACUGCAUUCGGACACAGAAGAAGCAAAAGGUCUUUUACUGGUAUAGCGUACCUCAUGACCGCCUCUUCCUGGACGCCCUGGAGCGCGACCUGAAGAGGGAGAAGAUGGGACAGGAAGCGACGACGGUGGCCGUCAGCGAGCCCGCCUUGUCAUUCCAGUUCGACUCGUCCCAAUCGCUCUAUGAGCAGCUCACCAAGGCACAGCAAGCAAACUCUUCAUCGUUUUCUGCACAUGCAAGUACGACGUAUGGCCAAUCUGCAUCUCCGGUGGUUCGGACCGUUGACGCUAUGCCUCCUCCGCAGAUGGCUCCCCCGUCGAUGCCGCUCCUCUCGGACGAGACUGGCGGCUCAGGGAUGUACAGCCAACUCGCGAUGUCGAACGCGAUGGCCCAGAGUCUCGUUAAGCGCGAGCAGGACUUUGGCCAGCUCCAGUACGAUCGCACUGGACUGCCCCUCUCUCGCUUGCAUCAGCGCCAUGCCUCGAUGCCCUCCUACAUUGAGUAUUCUCCUGCUCCGUCGUUUGUCUCCUCGCAAUACGAGGACUACAGCAACCGUGGUAUGUCCUUCGAGCCAAUCACGCCGCCCCAGCAGGCCGUUCCCCUGGGGGCUGAACCGGCCUACAUUGCCAACGAGGACACAGGACUGUACACAGCGAUUCCCGACGUCAGUUCCACGACCUCCUUCAACCCCAUGAUGCAGCUGCCACCCUCGAACCUGGCCGGUGGUCACUUCUCGACCGUUACGCGCGCAUUCCCGCCCAAUGUCUACUCGGUCAUUGAGGGAUCUCCGACCUACAAGCAGCGGAGGCGGCGAUCUUCGAUCCCUUCCAGCAUUACUAACGCGAUCGCCGCGGCUACCGCUAACGGCGCACCGACCACAAGUUCUCAGGGACAGCAGGCGAUGUAUGCCGUGCACAAGCCAAGUGACCUGCGACGUUCCGUUUCAAGCUCUGUAGCUCCCGUGCUCGAAGGGGACGAGUCCAACCAGGAGUCGCCUUCUGGUGUUACAAAUGGAUACCCUUCUAUGACACAGAAAGAUUUACUGCAGGAGAUGUCACGGCAUGGUACUCCCUUGGCCAGUUUGGAGGAGGAUUCCCAGCUUGUCUCGCCGCAGGAUACCCUUGGUCCGCUCACCACGAGUGAGUCGCUCGAGAUGUCAGUACAGAACAGCGCCGCAAAUCGGGCAGAUCGACCGGGGCCUGUCCGUCGGGCUCGGAGUGCCACCAUGAUGGAGAUAGGCCCGUACCCGCAGAAGUCGCAUUCCUGCCCAAUUCCGUCGUGUGGACGCCUUUUCAAGAGACUAGAGCACCUGAAGCGACACGUGAGGACCCAUACCCAGGAACGACCAUACCCAUGCCCUUACUGCAACAAGGCCUUCUCGCGCUCUGACAACCUUGCACAGCACCGUCGCACUCAUGAGACACAGCAAGAUGGUCAGCAGCAACACCAGACGCUGAGCGACGAGGACCUGGAGAACGAGGAGAAUGAGUUUGGUCCGCUCGAGGAGGGCUCUCCCGCGUCGGACCCGAACUUCCUCACAUCGACGGUCAACAUGGCCAGCGUUACAUCGAUGCCCACUACUAUGGGGAUGCACUCUGUGAUGCCCAGUAUGGUCAAUCCUCAGAUGAUCAGCCCGCAGUUCCUGCAGCAGCAGAUUUGAACCGGAGAUCUAGACUGACAGAUGAUUGAACCGAGAAACGGCCGUCUUCUCUUCUGAUUCGCGCUGCAGCAUUUUCAGACGCAAGCAUGGUCUCUUGCGAGGCUCCGGAG